GCUUCGCAGCUUCCACCGGAGCACGCGUGGGAGAAGCCAGCUGCACCGGUCCAAGCGGUCCAGGAAGAUAGCAGGAUCGAGCACAAAAAGCCAGCCACGCAGCUUCCAACGACUUCGACUGCAUCGAGAGGAGCCAAGGACCUUGUGGGCUUGCCUACUGCAAUGCCAGACUACUGGUCCCACGCGAACAUGAUGGCUUCCCAAGAUUGGUCGGUAGUCCCUGUGGACUCCGAGACCUUGGAGC